CGAUAAUUGUAACUGACCGUGAGACACACAAGAGCCGUGGCUUUGGAUAUGUUGUGUUUAGUAAUCCUGAGGAUGCAAAAGAGGCAAUUUCAACAAUGGCUGGCGAACGUGGCAAGAAAUUUUUCAACCAUGAAAUGACCCUUGAGUAUGCAAAAGAUAAGGAUUCCGCGGCACCAAGAGGAAGAGGAGGGCGUGGAGGUGGUCGUGGAGGGUUCAGAGGAGGCUAUUCAGAUAGAGGUCGUGGACCACCUCCAACACGUGGCCCUCCAUUCAGAGGUCCUCACCCUGGUGAACGUGGUCCUCCCGGAAGGCCACGUGAUGGUCCCCCUCCCCCCCGUAGAGAUCACAUGCCUCCCCCUAGCAGAGGACCCCCUAGGGGACCCCCAGGAGAACCACCCAGAGGACCACCUCCACGUGAGAGAUAUGAUGACUAUGGACCCCCUCCUGACCGUGGGUACCCCUCAAGGGAUUAUGAUCGUGGAGGCUACAGUGACCGCGAGAGGGAGAGGCCACCUAGCUACAGUAACGACUACUAUGGCAGCAGAUAUCCACCGCAUGAACGUGGUGGAGGUGGCAGCAGUGCGGGUGGUGGAAGCAGUUACUCCAGCAGUGAGCGUGGUUAUGGCCCACCCAUGGAUAGAGGUUACGGCAGCUCAGAGCGUUACAGUAGUGCCGAAAGAGGAUACUCCAGUGACAGAGGUUAUGAUGACAGGUAUGGAGGCAGCACUGGAGGUUCCGGAGGCGCUUCACAUGAUCGAUAUCUUCCAGAGAGAGGCAGCUAUGGUGGUGAGCGUCAGGAGAGGGGUGGUUAUGACUCUUAUGGCAGUAGUGGAGGAGGCUAUGGAAGCAGUGAGCGAGGUUAUGGUGGACCCGAGCGUAGUUAUCCCCCACCUGAUCGUGGGUAUGGGCCCCCUCCUGAGCGAGCGAGAUCGGGAAGCUACGGUGGACCUCCCGCUGAAAGGCCGUAUUCAUCUGGAGGGUCCUAUUCCGGAGUGGUCUAAACCAAUUAUGGAGAAGAGAAGGCGCGAACGAAUCAAUCGAAGCCUAGAAGAACUGAAGAGAUUAGUGCUAGAGGCACAGAAUAGAGAUAGUUCUCGGUACACAAAGCUGGAGAAGGCAGAUAUCCUGGAGAUGACUGUCCGUUAUCUACGUAGUCUUCGACAUCACCAACGAGCAGUGAUGGCGACUGCCGACCCUCACAUGCUACUCAAGUACCGCGCCGGCUACAGCGCAUGCGUGGCCGAGGUGUCCAAAAACGUGAUUGGGGACGAUUCCUUGGAACCUGAUGUAAAAACUCAAAUCCUUUCUCAUUUAACGGGCUGCCAUGCAAGUCAGAGGGGAGCUGGUGACAUUACAAUACAGUCGCCCGCAAGAUAUCCAUCAUCAGUUCACUAUGAGAGCACUUCGGACCUUUCCGUGAAGGAACAAAGACGGUUGUUACCUAAGGACACUACGAAUUCGCAUGCAUCCCAAGCUCGUACCACAGUUUCUCCUUACAUGGUUCAAAGCCAUCGAGUACUUUCUUCACCAGGGACCAUUCCUCUACAUUAUGUCCCCGUCUUAGGUACCGACUCUGGGACCUCUUCAGGAUUGUACCACGCGCUGGUCCCAAGUGUAUCUUCUCCCGGUUUACACCUCACAGACCCUUUGUGGCGACCUUGGUGAUCAAAGUUGUGAAACGUUUUUAUCAAAUAUGAAGGAAUAGAAUUAUAGCGUAAAUAAGGAGUUUAAAAAGAUGGUUAAAGUAAUCGCGUUUAUCUCCGAGAGAAAGUUUUCACCUUAAAUUUAGACGCUACAUGUUAGAAAUUAAUUUUUAAAAAAAUACACUGCUAUUUAAUAGGUCCCCCUUACGUCUUUCUCCCAAACGUUUAAAUUCACUUGAAAAAUCGUAAGGUAUUGAUGUUUUCAGCGUACAAUUUAGAUUGGCUCAAUUCGAUCACUCCAUUAUCGCAUUUUUAACACGCAUUUCUGUAAAACAGCGACCUAAAGCAACUGAGCCGACACAAUGAAAGUUAGAAAUGAAAGUAUGAGUAUUUUUACCUUGUUGUUCCAUGAUACAAAAUGGCAGAUGCUUGAGAAAUAAUGUAAAUAGUAUCGAAUGAUUUUAGAAUUAAAGCAAGUGCAAAUUCCGUU